AUGGGUAAUCAGCCGAGCAACGAAAGGAAACGAGCAAUCAGCGGUCUCCAUUCGGCUGGCAACAGCACUCAGCCCGCUGCCGAAGAAGACCAUGGAGGAGUGCAGAGCAGCUGUUUCAUCCGGGCAUCCAGGUUUAUAUUCACCCUUGGACUCUUUACAUCGUCACCGGAAAUACGUUCCCUGUUUCCCACGCUUGUCGACUGGGGCGACGACAUCAAGACCUGUCAGAAAUUCAGGAACCAAGGGCUGAAGUUCGUGCACGUCAUUUCGCUAUCUCUUACAACUCUGCAUGACAAGGAGCACCUGGACACCCUCCUGAAAGAGAUCGGUACUCGACACGUAGAGUUCAUGCCCGGAGGGAUCAAGAUGGAAUACUGGGACAUCUUCGAGAAGGCCAUGGUGAAAUGCAUCCUGCAACAGAUUAGAUGGACCGAUGACUUCGAUGAAGCCAUACAGUCGAAAGCAGCAAUCGCUUGGAGAAUUCUCUGUGCGUAUAUUGUGCAAAAGAUCAAGAUCGGCUUCACGGAAGCGCUCGAGCUUUCUCAGCAACCAGAGGUGGUUGUAACCGAAUCAUGA